CUUCAGUGGACAUCUACAGUGUAGACUCUUCGAUUAUUCUGUUUCUACUAUUCAUUUUGCGCACCUGGGUUUGCAGACAGUCAAAUAAAGCCCCUAUAUCGUAGGUAACUAUUCAAAGCUAUGCGUAGAACCGAAAGUGAAAUGUUCACAAGGCGGUAAAUCGCUAACCUGAAGAUUUAGAAGAUGGCUCGUGGUCAGCAAAAGAUUCAAAGUCAACAAAAGAAUGCCAAAAAGCAGGCGGAGUUAAAGAAAUCUGGUAUUGAUCAAAAAAAGUCUGCUGCUAAGGCACUUAUUUACACAUGUCCUGUUUGUAAAACACAGGUACCUGAUUUGAAGACGUAUAAACAACAUUUUGAGAAUAAACAUCCGAAAAAUCCAUUACCACAAGAAUUAAUUGACGUUGCCUAAUCAGUAUGAUGUGAUGGAGAAAAGCGAAGGAAACAGAUUUCAUCCUGACUUAUUUUCCAUGUUCACUAUACCAGUGUUAAUAAUUGUUGUUUCUUUUUUCUAAAAAAAUAAAAUUAUAUACUUAGCCCAUCUAUUA